AUGACCAGGAGUCUACCUGCGCCCCGUUGGGCAAUGUUGCUCUCCUUGGUUAUCCUCCUCGGGUGCAUUGUUGUCCCCGGUUUGGCAGUCAAAAACAAGGAUUUCAAGACUUGCGAGCAGUCCGGGUUCUGCAAACGAAACCGUGCCUACGCCGAUAACGCCUCCUCCCAAGGCACUUCAUGGAGCUCACCCUACGAACUCGACCCUGCCACCAUACAUUUCAAGGAUGGAAUGCUUACUGGAGUCAUUUCGAAAACAACAACUGCCAAUGAGAAGGUCCGGCUACCUCUUACGGUGUCUUUCUUGGAAUCGGGAGCCGCCCGCAUUGUGGUGGAUGAAGAGAAGCGGAUGAAGGGCGACAUUGAAAUGCGACAUGGCAGCCAAGCGAACAAGAAGCGAUAUGAUGAAACUGAAAAAUGGGCUAUUGUGGGUGGUUUGGAAAUCAGCAAGUCCGCCACGUUGAACGCUCAGAGUGAAACCGGAUUUACCAACAUUUUAUACGGACCGGGCGACAAAUUCCAGGCAAUCGUUCGCCACACACCAUUUGGUGUCGAAUUCCAGCGAGAUGGAGAGACCCAUGUUCAAUUGAACCACCAAGGCUUCUUGAACAUGGAGCACUGGCGACCAAAGAUAGACGGCAAAGACGGCGAAUCCGGCGAGGACGAGAGCACUUGGUGGGAGGAGACAUUUGGAGGAAAUACUGACUCAAAGCCGCGUGGUCCCGAGAGUGUUGCUCUUGAUAUCAACUUUCCUGGUUAUAGUCAUGUAUUUGGUAUCCCAGAGCACGCAGAUUCGCUCUCGCUCAAGGAGACUAGGGGUGGAUCUGGCAACCAUGAGGACCCUUAUCGUCUGUACAACUCGGAUGUCUUUGAGUAUGAACUCGAAAGCCCGAUGACCUUGUAUGGAGCCAUCCCGCUGAUGCAAGCCCACCGCAAGAACUCCACUGUCGGGGUCUUCUGGCUCAAUGCAGCAGAAACGUGGAUCGACAUUGUCAAGUCGACUGCCUCCUCCAAUCCCCUUGCUUUGGGCGCCCGCUCCAAGACAGAUACACAGACCCAUUGGAUCUCCGAAUCCGGUCAGAUUGACCUGUUCGUCUUCCUCGGGCCCUCGCCGAAUGAUAUCAGUAAAACAUAUGGUGAACUCACAGGAUAUACGCAAUUGCCCCAGCAGUUUGCCAUUGGAUACCACCAAUGCCGAUGGAACUAUGUCACGGACGAGGAUGUUAAAGAGGUCAACGCCAAGUUCGAUAAGUACCAGAUUCCGUACGAUGUCAUUUGGCUUGAUCUUGAAUAUACCGAUGACCGAAAAUACUUCACUUGGGACCCCCUCACCUUCCCUGAUCCUAAGGGUAUGCAGCACAAGCUCGAUGAAACUGAGCGAAAGCUUGUGGUUUUGAUCGAUCCUCACAUUAAGAACGCGGACAAGUACUUUGUUUCCGAGGAGCUUAAAAGCAAAAAUCUCGCCGUGCUGAACAAGGAUGGCGAGAUUUACGAUGGAUGGUGCUGGCCAGGUUCCUCGAACUGGGUCGACUGCUUUAACCCCGCUGCACACGCUUGGUGGGCCACCCUGCACAAGUUCGACAAAUUCAAGGGGUCGCUUCAGAAUCUUUUCAUCUGGAAUGAUAUGAAUGAACCUUCAGUUUUCAACGGGCCUGACAUGACCAUGCCCAAGGACAACUUGCACCAUGGAAACUGGGAACAUCGCGAUGUUCACAACCUUAAUGGUCUCACCCUUUUGAACGCCACCUACAAAGCAAUGCUGGAGCGCAAGAAGGGCGAGGUGCGCCGGCCAUUCAUCUUGACGCGCUCGUACUACUCUGGGGCCCAGCGGGUGUCUGCUAUGUGGACUGGGGACAACCAGGCCACCUGGGACCACCUUGGAGCUUCUAUCCCAAUGGUGCUGACCAACGGUAUCGCAGGCUUCCCCUUUGCCGGCGCAGAUGUCGGAGGAUUCUUCCAUAACCCCGAUAAGGACCUUUUGACCCGAUGGUACCAGACAGGUAUCUGGUACCCUUUCUUCCGCGCGCAUGCUCACAUUGAUACUCGUCGUCGUGAGCCGUAUCUGAUCAGCGAACCGCACCGGUCCUACAUCGCUCAGGCAAUCCGCCUGAGGUACCAACUUAUGCCUGCCUGGUACACUGCCUUCCAUGAAGCGUCAGUCAACGGCACGCCAAUUGUACGGCCUCAGUACUACAUGUUCCCAGAGGACGAGCAAGGCUUUGCCAUCGAUGAUCAGCUGUACCUUGCUUCCACGGGCCUUCUCGUGAAGCCCGUUGUGCAGGAGAACACUCACAGCGCAGACGUGUAUAUCUCCGACGACGAGAAGUACUUUGACUACUUCGAUUUCACCGUCUACCAGGGCGCGGGCAAGAAACACACCGUCCCUGCGCCAGAGGAGAAGGUGCCUGUGUUGAUCCAGGGUGGUCACAUCAUUCCCCGCAAGGACCGUCCUCGUCGCAGCACUGGCCUUAUGCGAUGGGACCCGUAUACACUGGUCAUUACCCUAGACAAGAAUAGCGAGGCGGAAGGCACUCUGUACGUGGAUGAUGGCGAGACAUUCGACUACGAGCGUGGCGCCUACAUUCAGCGCCGCUUCACCUACCGCGAGUCGGUGUUGUCUUCGGAGGACAUUGGAACCAAGGGACCCAAGACUGCUGAGUAUCUCAAGACCAUGGCUGCCGUGACGGUCGAGCGGGUGGUGGUCGUUGACCCUCCCGCCGAAUGGAAGGUUAAGGACACUGUGACUGUCAUUGAAGAUGGAGCCAAGUCGGGCUCUACGGCCUCGUUGGAGUUCUAUGAGCAGGAGGGCGGGAAGGCGUCCUAUGCUGUGGUGAAGAAGCCGAAUGUUGGCAUUGGAAAGGCAUGGCGGAUCGAGUUCUGA